AUGGAUGAAAAAGUGGCAGGAUCCCUCAACCUGAAUCUUACCAGCUUUCCUCGAGGUGCCAAAACAGCGUCACAGUGUAGCUCUGACAUGCUGAAGGAAGAUUCGACUAAAAUUAACCUCUUUAAACAGAAGGUUGUGAGAGGUUGGUGGCCUUUUACAAAUGAAAAGAAAGAACGGGACCAUAUACUGACAGUCCUGGUGGGGAAGGUAGAAGCUGAGUUGCAGCUCUUCACAGAAGAGGAAGCAGAUAAAAAUCCUGUGGGUCUAGGACGUAAAGAACCCGAACCACUGGAAAAGCCAAGUCGUCCAGAUAUGUUUCUCUCAAUGAUGUGUGCGAACAUCAGGUCCAUGUUUUCCGUAUUCUGGAAAAACUACAAGAAGUAUAUAAUCAUUGUUCUUCUCUGCUUCUUUCUGGCAUUAUUCUUUUUCCUUGUGUGUUAUACCUUACCUCAAGCCAUAUCGCAUAAAAUUGUUAAUGGGUAAGGUGAAUGACUUAUGUACUGUGAUUUGUACCCAUUUAGAUAUGGACAGCCCAAACUGAUGAAUGAUAUUAGUUUCUGGAUUUUUGUGUUUAAUAACUAAGGCAAAGAGAAUAAAAUUUAAAUUUAAAUGACAGCAUUUUCUUUCUGUAUGUUUUCACUGAAGUGAAA